AACAAGCUCCAGAGCCACCUGGAGCCACUGAAGAAGAAGCUGGACGCGGUCCUGAAGCAGAAAUCCAAUGAGGAGGAGAAAAUCACGGAGCUGAGGGAUAAAAUGAAGCUGGAGAUCAAAGAAUUCGAGUCGGACUUCGAGGUGCUGCACCAGUUCCUCAUCGGGGAGCAGGUCCUGCUCUUACACCAGCUGGAAGAACGCUACGAGAGCUUGUUGGCCCGUCAGAGCAGCAACAUCAGCCAGCUGGAAGAGCAGAGCGCUGCCCUCAGCCGGCUCAUCGCCGAGGCGGAGGAUAAGAGCAAACAAGACGGGCUGCAACUUCUCAAGGACAUCAAAGGCACUUUUAUCAGAUGCGAGAACAUCAAAUUCCAGGAGCCCGAGAUGGUGCCGGUGGACGUGGGGAAAAAAUUUCGCAACUACUUUCUGCAGGACGUGGUGAUGAGGAAGAUGGAGAAAGUCUUCAGUAAAGUCCCUCAAGGGUGCGUGGGCACCAACGGGAAGAAGUACCAGGCGUUGACGGCCACCGAGCAGACGGCCCUGUCGCCCAGCGAACGGCCCCGGCGCUUCGGCGUCUACCUGGACUACGAGCGGGGCCAACUCUGCUUCUACAAUGCCGAGAGCAUGACCCACAUCCACACCUUCAACGCCUCCUUCCACGAGCGCAUUUUCCCCUUCUUCCGCAUUUUAGCCAAGGGCACCCGCAUCAAAAUUUGUGCCUGA